AUGGCGGCGGUGACACUGCAGCUCGGGUCCUACGCGGGCUUCGUGGGCGCGCACUGGUGGCAGCUGCAGGAGAACGCAUCUUCUGAUGGACACGUCGGUCUCGGAGCACCUCCUCUUGGUAAAGAUGCUUCCCAGGUUUGCCAUUUGGAGGGCAGAGGACAAGUUUGGUCCGAUUACCUUAGAGUGCACUUACAUCCUAGGAGCAUCUUUGAGAUACAGCGGUACAAUCAUGAUGGGGAUUCCAAUCGCCUGGAAGCCUUUGGGCAGGGUGAAAGUCUCCUGCGUGAACCCAUGUAUCUAGACGAGUUGGAAGAUAAACUGCACUUCUUUAUAGAGGAGUGCGAUUAUCUGCAGGGUUUUCAGAUUCUCUGUGACAUGCAUGAUGGAUUCUCUGGGGUUGGAGCCAAAGUGACUGAACUUCUCUGCGAUGAAUAUUCAGGGAGAGGAAUCCUGUCCUGGGGGUUAACACCAAUAAUUUGUAAUACUGGAGAUCCCUGCAAGGAUUUUUACAGGCUUAUGAACACAGUGCUGGGAACUGUCCACCUCUCCAGGCACAGCUCACUCUUUUGCCCCUUGUCACUCAAUGGAAGCCUGGGCCUCAGGCCACAAGCGCCCAUUACGUUACCAUACAUACAUUAUGAUGCCUCUCUAAACUAUCACAGCAGUGCAAUCUUGGCAGCAGCACUGGAGACCAUGACUGUUCCCUACAGACUCCAUACUUCUCAGCUCUCCAUGAUGCAGCUCGCGGAAGCACUGAACUUCUCUGGGAGAAAGGUGGUGGCUGCAGGGGCUGCGAUACCCUUUUCUGUAUCACGUGGUCAUUCUCUGCCAGAUGCUUUGUGCAGCUAUCAGCAUGCAGUGCCAUGGAAACCUUUGUCUUCGUGUGGGGAGCAAAAGGACAGUUUCUGUUUUGCUCAAUCUGUUGUGCUGAGAGGAAUUGGCAAAGAGAAUCACAUCAGUAACUUUCCUCCUGGGACGCAACCUAGUUCUGCCCUCCACGUUUAUGAAACUGGAGAGGAGGUUCUGGGAAACUACUUAAAUAUGCUGUCCCCUGGAACAUUAAGCAUUUCACAUUUGCUCCAGAGCCCAUGUAAAGUGCAGUCCCCAUAUCCCCAGUUUUUUUCCCCUCUUCUGAACAAACAAGGUUUUCUCUUGGACAAGCCUCGCUCACAUUCAGCAGCUGUUGAAAGUAUUCCUGUACUAACAGCACUGCAGUCCUCGCCUGUUCUGCAUACAGCACUCUACAGUUUAUACAAGGAACUACAGAAGGUAGAUGUGCGGCGCUGGGCUAGCUUUUUUGCUGCGGGAAUUGAACUUGAUGACUUUCAGGAAGCCCUGCAUGAAUUAAGAACUCUAUCCCAAUGCUAUAAAAGAAAUUCGGAGCCAGAUGAGUCAGAGGAUGAAGCUGACUCAGACUAACGCUGCUUGCUUUUACCAAGCUGGGAAAGACCGUGUAGUGUCAAAUUAACAUCACCACUAAAGAACAACUUUCUGAACAAACCUAAUCUGUGAGGCCAAAGUUCUAUUACAGUAAUAAAGGGGGGCUUACAAUCUG